AUGCAACCUGUGGAUGGAUCGUAUCUCCAUUCGGUCCUCAAGUCUGUUUUUGGCAAGUCUGCAUUUCGCUCUUGUCAAGAAGACAUAAUUCGUGCUGCUCUUGAAGGCUAUGAUCUUCUUGUACUUUUGCCUACAGGCCAUGGAAAGUCUUUGACAUAUCAACUUCCAGCGGUUGCAACCAAGUCUCCGUUUGGAGUCACGAUUGUCGUGUCGCCGCUUAUUGCCCUCAUGAAGAGUCAGUUAGACGGUCUUUUGGGAAAUGAAAAGAUCCAUGCAGCCGCUCUACAUGGCCAACUCUCAACAGCCGACCGUCAGCGUGUGCUCAUGGACUUGACAAGUAGUGCACCGCAGACGCGUCUGCUUUACGUGUCUCCGGAACUCUGUGCCACCCCGGCCUUUCGCAAAAUGUUGACUAAAAUGGCGGUGCGCGGAGCAGUGGCUCGGUUUGUGAUUGACGAGGCUCAUUGCUGUGUCGAAUGGGGGCUCGAUUUUAGGCCAUCGUACAAGGAGUUGAGAUAUAUGCGCGAAGAGUUCCCGUCAGUACCUAUCACAGCACUCACAGCCACGGCAUCAGAAACGGUGCAGCGAGGGAUUGUUGAGAUGCUAGGGCUCGACACACCUCGGCUCAAAAAGUUUACAACGUCGGUCAACCGACCCAACCUGCACUAUGAAGUCAAGUACUUUACAACGCAUAAUUACGAGCGUGAUAUUAUUCCAAAUCUCGUCAAGUUUUUGACAGAGUACAAGGCACGUCGUGAAAGUGUUGAGGCCAGUUUACAGAAUCAAGAAGGUAGUACAGAUGCCGCAGCUCUUGCGUGGCUCCGAAGGCGAAAAUCUUCAGGUGCUGGAAUCAUAUACUGCCGCAAAAAGUCGACUGUAGAGUUGGUUGCCCAAGCUUUGCAAUCUGCUGGGUUUGGUGCCAAUGCGUACCAUGCCGGACUUUCUCAAGAACACCGCGACAAUGUACUUUCCGAGUGGCUAGCAAAUACACCUGGGUUUGAGGUUGUAGUUGCGACAGUUGCAUUUGGCAUGGGCAUUGACAAGGAAGAUGUCCGUUUUGUAAUUCAUGCUGACUUGCCUGGGUCUGUUGAAAGUUACUACCAAGCAUCGGGACGUGCUGGGAGAGACGGCAAGGGCGCACGGUGUAUUCUGUAUUAUUCACGCGAAGAUCGAGACCGAGUGUUAGCUUUAAACCGUGGCAAGGGUGUCGGCGGAGGAGACGAAGAGGAGGUGGUACGCAAAAGAUAUUCAAACACGCAGGAAGAGCCGAGCUCUAUUGCUGUUGGAUUGAGAUGGCUUGUACAAUACUGCGAAAAUACAAACUCGUGUAGGCAUUUGUACUUGUGCGGGUACUUUGAGAAGGAAGUUCCGCAGACACCGAGUGCCGAAUGGUGUCAUUAUGCAUGCGACUAUUGUAAAGAUGCGCGGGCCGUUUCAAACCGGAGCAAGGUUCUUGCUGAAGAGAGUAUGGAUUAUUACCAAUUUUACUAUUAA